AUGGCCGAUAAAAUCAAGCUCCUCAUUCAAAAAAGAACUUCUUUGAAGAUUCAGAUAACUACAUUAGCAAACGCGUUUGAGAAGGGAAAGGUUGAUAAUACUACGCUAAAGUUACGAUCCGCGCGUUUGACUGAGUUAUAUCGCGCAUACAAGGACUAUAAUGACGAACUUGCGAUACUAAAUCCGAGCGAUAGUCAUGAAGCUGAAUUUGAAAAUAUUCAGGAACGCUUUUACGCUCUUGCGAGUAAAAUCGAACGCGUUACAAAUACGGCAAAUACAUCGAUUUCAAAUGCUAGUACGUCCGGUAGUGUAAAUCGAAGCGUCGAUGCGGCAAGUCCACCGCCAGCCAAGAGGCGACGCGUCAAGUUACCCGAAUCGUCUCUGCCAACUUUUGACGGCACAUUCGAGAACUGGUUGUCGUUCAAAAACGCAUUUAUUGAUGCAAUAGACACGCAAACAGAUUUAUCCGAUAUUGACAAAUUACAUUAUCUGAGAUCGGCGUUAAUCGGAGAAGCUGCAAAUAAAUUAAAGAUUCUUACUGUUGACAAAAUAAAUUAUUCCCGCGCCUGGGAAUUUCUAGAGCGCGCGUACGAAGUAAAACGUGUUUUGAUAUCCCGACAUUUGUCCGCGAUCUUAAAUUUGCCUAUAAUAGACAAGGAAACGACUAGCAGUUUGACCAAACUCGCGGAUGAAACGCAAGAACACGUCGCUUCUUUAAGUGCGUUAGGCGUCUCGAUCGGAUCCGAAAUGCUAACACACAUAUUAGAAUCUAAGUUACCGAAGAUUACGUCAGAGAAAUGGGAGGCAACUCUCGAAAGAGACGAGUUUCCCAAGCCUGAUCAGUUAUACGAAUUUAUUUACAAGACCGCGGUAUGCGCAUCAAAACGCGAAAAGGGUAAAGCUACCGAUUCUCAAAAAAUGGCGACGGAAAUGGCAACUAAGAAAAAACACGGCUAUUCCACGAACAAGGCCUUUGUACUUGACGCAUCGCGGAAAUGCGUGGCGUGUAAAACUAAAAUACACCCGCUUUAUAGCUGCGAUAAAUUUAAACAGUGGCCGAUCACGAAGCGUAUCGAAGUGGUUAAAAAGGCAAGACUUUGCUACAAUUGUUUACGAUCGCAUAGAGGUAAUUUGUGUAAAUUUUCUAAUUGCACGGUCUGCAAAAAACGAUACAAUACUCUCCUACAUAACGAUAAUUACACGCCGGUUAAUAAGACCGAUACUUCACAAGCGGAAUCUAAAACCGAAUGA